AGUAAUCUGUAGUCCGCUGUCCGCAGUUCCGCACCCUAGAAUAUUUGUUUCUGCAUUUGUGAAUAUUUGAUCCUAAGAGAUUCUUAGUGUAAUUUAUGUUUGUACUUUAACAAAACUUUUUUAAUAUUUUUAAAUAACAAUUAUUAGUUCAUCGUCUAAACAAUGGCGGAAGGAACGCAAAUACUGAGACGCAAUCGUCCUGGCUCAAAAGCAAAGGAUUUCUGUCGGUGGCCUGACCAACCUUUUGAAGAAAUGGAUAACACACUAGCGGUUCAACAAUUGAUACAACAAACCAUAAGACGAGAUCCCUCAAAUCUGGAAGCGAUAUUAAAAAUGCCUGAGGCUCAGGAAGAGGGUGUUUGGAAGUAUGAACAUUUGAGACAAUUCUGUAUGGAGUUGAAUGGUUUAACCGUCAGGUUGCAAAGCGAGUGUAAGCCUAACACAUGCACACAAAUGACUGCUACUGAGCAAUGGAUAUUUCUUUGUGCUGCUCAUAAAACACCUAAAGAAUGCCCUGCUAUAGAUUACACCAGGCACACACUUGAUGGUGCAGCUUGUUUGUUGAAUAGCAAUAAGUAUUUUCCAAGCAGAGUGAGCAUUAGAGACUCAUCAGUUGGAAAACUAGGUUCAGUUUGCCGCAGGGUAUACAGAAUAUUCUCACAUGCUUAUUUCCAUCAUCGUGCCAUAUUUGAUGCUUUUGAAAAAGAAACCCAUCUCUGCAAACGGUUUACAUACUUUGUGACAAAAUAUUCUAUUAUCUCUAAGGAAAUAUUGAUUUUGCCAAAACUUGAUGAUGAAGUACCAAUUAAUCAGCCAGUUGGGGAAUCUGAAGCAUAAGUCAGUUGAUAGUUGGAUCCAAUUUUCUUUAUAUAACUCUUAUAUACCUUAGUGAAAUUCAACUGCUUUUUAGUUAUGAACAAGGUUUAAUAAUCAACUAGAGUAUUGCCACCAGUAUGAAAUGUAACUAAUGCAACAAAAGGCAUUCCUAAGAGAAUGAUUGCUAAGGAAGAUUUGAAAAUGUUAAUCUUUUUGGAAAAAUAAAAAUAUUUUAAUUAAUUCUCUGUAA